AUGAACUUACUGGGCGACCAUAUCCCCGACGAUGCUACUACGGCCGCGGCAGUUGCGGCUGCCAAUUCUGUUGGCCACCUUCCUUUGAAAGUUGAGGAUACUCUUCAUUCGUAUGUUUCUCAUGAUCACCAUUUGCAGCCUCAUGCCCAUCACCAGCUGCACCAGCACCACUCACACACACUAGCAGAGCAGCACCACGCCCAUCAGCUAGCAGAGCAUCACCAUCCACAUGUACACCAUGAUCAGGACCAUUUGAACGCUCAAAUAAGUCAAUUGUCGCAACACCAAUUGGCACAACAUUCGUUAGCACAACAGUUGCAACACCCAUUGAGCCAGCUCAACCAUAGUCACCACCACCUUGAAAUGCUAGCACAAGCCAAUGAGGCAGACCUUCUCGAAGCUACCAGCCGUAAAGUUGCUCCACGCUCUAGCGACCUUUUCAAAGUGGGACCACAGUUUUCAGAGACAAGACACCACCAAGACAUAUAUUGCAAGAGUAAUGACAUGGAUGUGAAUCCUAUACUAGGAGCACGUAUAGAUCGAGGAUUCGAAAUGGGGGAGACUGGAACCUGGAUAGGUUACAAAAGAAACUACUUUACCCUAGUUUCCAGUUUCACAUUCGAGAACUUUGAUUUCGAACGUUUUUUACACAACAAAUUCUACACGUAUGAGAAACUGUCAAGAUCAUCUGUUGGUGAAAACAAGGUUGAAAUCAGCUACUUUGCCAUUAGACUUGUUGCUAAAUGUUCAGACGAUGACGUCUCUAUCAGUUUAAUUCAACACACUCCAAAGCGGGACAAGGGCCCUCAAUUCCCCCCACCAAUAUACCCAGCUGUUCCUGGAAACCUCCCAGAUCACUCUACAGUACGUGCUUCUUGCAACAAGCGCAACAAUGGGAAAAUUGAAAACAUGAACAAAAUCUUUUACUUUGAUCGAGCCGAAUACUAUCACAAUGCCAACUUGAAUGCAUUAAAAGACAAUUCCGUGCUCAAGAACUAUCCAAGUGACUCGAUAGCGAGAGUCGCUCGUUUUGAACGUAUCCAAUUUUCGUCUUCGAUUCGGAUCAAAUCAACCUCGGUCAAUUCGCGAUACUUCACUCUCCACGUCGAAUUAUUGGGAAUCAUCGAGGACGAAGAUUCUCAGAUUCAGCCCAUACUUCUAUCAUCAAUCGAAACACCCCCAUUGAUUGUAAGAGGUAGAUCACCUUCCAAUUACCACAAAGACAGAACCUCCGGGUAUCGACCUCAUGGCCCAGGACACUAA